AUGGAUUUCAAAUCACUUGAAACUUUAACAAAAGAGUUUGUUGAUACUCAAAAGAAGUAUGAACAAAUUUCUGAGAGACAUCGACUCUUGAUAACCCAACAGAGUGAAAAUGAUAUGGUUUUCAAAGAAUUAGAACAGUUAGAAUCUGAUGCAGUUAUUUUUAAACUUGUUGGAAAUGUUAUGGUCAAACAAUCUCUUGAAGAUUCUAAAGCCAAUGUCUCAAAAAGACUUGAAUAUAUUAAAUCUGAGCUCCAAAGUAUAUCAAAAGUUUCACAAGAUCUUCAGAAGACACUUAUAGAGAAAUCAUCAAAGAUUGAAAAAAUUCAAAGUAAAGCAAGCUAA